UCUAGCCUGACGCUGAUUGGCUGAUCCGGUGCGGUCGCAGACAAUAUGUUAGCUGAGACGCCAGCGGCUAAUCUCACUCUGCGCGGCGGCAUCGUCCCUUUCAACAGCGACCUGUGAGAAGAAACUGUCCGAAACGAUAUCAUCUAAAAGCGGGAGAUCAUGCCUCGGGUGUACAUCGGGCGACUGAGCUACAAUGUCCGCGAAAAAGACAUCCAGCGAUUUUUCAGCGGAUACGGGAAACUCAUGGAAGUCGAUCUAAAGAACGGCUAUGGAUUCGUGGAGUUUGAAGAUAACCGGGACGCCGACGAUGCCGUGUAUGAGCUGAACGGGAAGGAGCUGUGCGGGGAGCGGGUGAUCGUCGAACAUGCACGCGGGCCGCGGAGAGACCGAGAUGGCCAAAGUGGGGGUUACGGGGGUGGUGGGCGCAGCAGUGGUUACAGCAGCCGGAGCCACACUGGCAGGGAGAAGUAUGGACCCCCGGUCCGUACUGAGUACCGUCUCGUCGUGGAGAACUUGUCCAGCCGCUGCAGUUGGCAAGACCUAAAGGACUUCAUGCGCCAAGCAGGGGAAGUGACCUACGCAGACGCCCACAAAGAGCGCACCAAUGAGGGAGUAAUCGAGUUCCGCUCUCAAUCGGACAUGAAGAGGGCACUGGACAAACUGGACGGUACAGACAUCAAUGGCCGGAAGAUUCGUCUUGUGGAGGAACGAUCCCGUAGACGUAAAUCCUACUCUGGCAGUCGCUCCAGAUCUCGCAGUCGCCGCCGCUCUCGUAGUAGGAGCCGCAGAAGCCACAGGAGCAGGAGCUCCAGGAGUCGCUCCAGAUCCCGCUCGAGGUCUCGUUCCCCCAGCAACAAGAGAAAUCAAGCCAACUCUAGAUCUGGAAGGAAGUCUCGCUCCAAGUCAGGAGAAAGAAAAUCACAUUCUCGCAAUCGCAGGUCGCACUCUCGUUCCCGCAAAUCCAAAUCUCAUUCACGCUCCGGCAAGUCCCGCUCCCAUUCAGCGGACCGUAAAUCCAAGUCUCGUUCCAAGAGCCGUUCUAAGAGCCGUUCCAAGGCAAAGUCAGAGCGGGAUUCUCGCAGUCGCUCAAAGGAGAUGGCCGUUGACAAGAAGUCCCGCAGUCGAUCAUCUUCCCCAGUGGAGAAUGGGAAGGAGGCGCGUGCUGCCAAAUCUGCUUCCCGCUCCCCAUCCCCGCGGGAGAACGACCGCCGAUCCAACUCAAUGGAGAAGCGCUCAGUCUCCCGCUCGAGAUCUCGCUCACGAUCUAGAUCAGCUUCUCAGGAUUAGUGGAAUGAGAGAUGGGAGGGAUUCCUAUGCUGUACAUAACGAGCAGUGUCGUCAUACAGGCUUAUGCUUCCUGACUUGUCUACUUUUCUCCUGCAAGCGUGCACUUGUCUUUAACAUGUUUUAGAUGCAGUUUUAUUAGAGGGUGUGCCACAGUGACCAGGCUACUUUUUUGGAAAACUUGAGUCUCUGAAUCAUCUGCCUCCCAGAUUUAUUUUCACUCUAUUUUCAGAUAAUAAAGUGCUAGUAUAUAGUCUUAAGAUCUGCAACAUGAGGUAGUUUAAGUCACUUUGUCUCAAACAUGUCACCUUGUUAUACCAGUCUCAUGUUUUUGAAGCUGUAAUAGCUUAGCAAAAAUAGUUUUCUUUAUUGGACUUAAAUCAUCUCAGUCUGUGACAGAUCUUGUUCUGUUGGUAGAUUGUGACAGUUUCCCUCUGCUAAUAAAUGCAUCAUCCAUCAGGCUUUGUUUGAUGCAACCUCUCUGUUUCAUACACUUGACUGUGUGGUUGUGGGAGAAAAGUAGCAUAUGGCCACAGCAUUGGAGAAGGUUCUCUUUUGAUCUGCCGUCUCUUAAUUGCUUUACAAAAAAAUCAUCGAUCUUCGUGUUGUCUUGCGGGACUUUAAAAUGCUCAAAUGGAUGCAAGAACUUGUAACUUCAUAUUUGCAGGAAAACGAUAAGGGUUUGAAUUUCACGUUUGAACAGCUUGUGUUGUAGGUGUCAUGACCUCUUUUUAACCUCUUGUACAUAGAUCUUGCAUCAAACAGAUAUAUUCCUUUUUUUGUAACCAUGACCAGGUAGUCUGUGGAAGACCACUUUGUUUUACGUGAUGGUUUUCAGUUUGGGAAGUUUCAAGGCGUCAAAUGCAGCGCCACAUUUUUCUUGGCUUUCCUCAGUUCUGAUUGCAGCCUUGAUGAUUUUCAAUUAGUUUUAAUUUUUUUUCCUGCAAGCUUACUUCAGGGUUAAGGGUUUGGUUUCGCCUCUGCUUAUUCAAAGUGCACAGCUACUACUGGAGUGUUUUUGUAUUGGAAAGGUACAUCAUACAAAUCUCUGGAAGGUCAGCUUGUGGGUUUAUAUUAGAGCGAACAUCAUCAGACACGUUUUCAGACACGAACUCUGGAAAAUGUCCGCAGGUUGGUGCAGACUUCAGAGCUAACCUUUCGCACAUGAACAACACAGCAGGAGAUGUUCCGCUCUCAUGCAUUCACAGCUACUCAAAAUCUCUCGUUCGGAUGCAGGAUGUAAUGUAUUCUACUGCAAAAACCAUGCGUUUCUGUUUACAGCACAUUGACACCGGCGUCUGUACUCAUCACUAAAAGCUCUUGACAUCAACGUUGGUGUGAUAUUUGUAUUCCCCCCCAGUUUCGCCUUUGUUGCGAACUCUCCAGAGUAUUGCCUGCUGUUUUCUCAUAUGGAACAAUUCGGACUUUCUCAGGA